UACCACCAAAUUCGUACAAAUAUUACUUGUGUGAGUAUAAAGAGGUGAGGCCAAAGGAAAGUGUCUGUCUGAGUCUGAGUCUGAGAUUAACUACUUGUUAGUUACUUACUUUACAUAGACAUAAGAGUGAAUGGCAAUUGCAGCCGCAAACUCAUCGCCCACCAUGAGUCUCAGCCAGAGCUAGAGCCAGGAGGACGUCACCACCGCCUCCACCACCAACGACAACACCAACAGUAACAACAACAACCACGAUAACAAGCCCGACGAUCACGAGCAUGACAUGGUUAUGCCCGGUUUUCGCUUCCAUCCAACUGAAGAAGAGCUCGUCGAAUUCUACCUUCGCCGUAAGGUGGAGGGAAAGCGUUUCAACGUUGAACUCAUUACUUUCCUCGAUCUUUAUCGCUAUGACCCUUGGGAGCUUCCUGCGUUGGCGGCUAUUGGGGAGAAGGAGUGGUACUUCUAUGUGCCGAGAGAUAGAAAGUAUCGAAACGGUGAUCGUCCCAAUCGUGUCACCACCUCUGGGUAUUGGAAGGCGACGGGAGCUGAUAGGAUGAUCCGAACGGAGAAUUUUCGGUCAAUCGGCCUCAAGAAAACCCUAGUUUUCUAUUCUGGGAAAGCUCCCAAAGGCAUACGAACUAGUUGGAUUAUGAACGAGUAUCGGUUGCCGCAACACGAAACCGAACGAUAUCAAAAGGCUGAGAUAUCGCUUUGCCGCGUGUACAAGAGAGCUGGAGUAGAGGAUCAUCCCUCCCUCCCUCGCUGUCUCCCAACAAGGCCCUCUUCAUCAAGAGCUUCUUCGCACUCCGAAACCAAGAAGCACAACGAGUUGGUUCAUCACAACAUGGGAUUUGUGGGACAAUCGAAGCCAACCGAACACAUAGUUGACAAAAUGAAUGAAACGGAAGCAAGCAGUGAUGUCAACACGGCUCUUGGACUUUCGAAAUACAAUGCUUACCGUGCUGCGAUGGGUGCACUCAGCAGCACAAUGGCACUUCCGGUUGUUCCGAUGGACGAGGAAGGGCUGAUGAUGAUGCAGCAUCAGCAGCAGUCUAAGCAAGCGGCAGCACACGCAGGUGCUCCUGGGAUUGGCACAAUCUUCUCUGCUGGACCUUCUAGUUCCAAUAACAAUGGAGUGGUGAACAUGGAUGAUCUGAAUAGGCUAGUGAGUUACCAGCAGCAGUUCUACAAUGUUCAAAGCCAUCCCAAUCAGUUCUCUACUCUGCUGAUGCAACCAUCACCAGUAGUGUCUCUCAGCUCGCUACCAAAUCCACUUCCAACCACCUUCUCUGACCGACUGUGGGAGUGGAAUCCAAUCCCAGAGCCACCAAAUCAAGAGUACAGCAACAUGUCCUUCAAGUAAUCACUUAUCAAUAUUAUAUAUCUGUGAACUGCACAUACAUAUAUAUAUAUAUAUAUAGAGAG